UACUGGUUUCUACUAGUCCCUGAUUGGUCGCCCGAACAAAUCUUUUUGAGUUGGUUGCGUCAAGCUUGAAGCUGACAGGAUGCUGAGAUCAGAGGGCGAAUUCCAACCUUGCUGCCUUGAUUGAGGACAUCAUUUGAUCAGAAUACUGUCACUUUAGUGCAUGUCGGCCUUGCUGGUAAAGGAGGAAUUGCUUUAUGAGCUCGUAUGCGCUUGUUAGCGUGAACAUUUCUGUCUUUUGAAUGAAUAUUGCCUGGCUAAAAGCAAACCUGCGCUGUGGACACAAAAGCUCUUAUAUUGCGAGUUGAUGCAGUGCUUGAUCAGCGAGGCUGUGGGAGAUCCUUUCAAGUAAUUCGGCGAAUCGGUCUGUCCGGUGCGUAAAAGCGGGCACGGUGUCUCUCCAAACUCCACUCUGAGAGCAUUUAUCGGAAUGAAAACGAAAAUAUGCUUUUUGCGAUUUUGCUGAAUUUGACAAGGGAAUUAUAUCUACGGUACGGCUGCUACCUGCUUACUUGCCUGCCUAUUUGGGUCACUUGCUUAGCUCCAACGCGUUUUUAUUAGGCUACAGAUUCCUGGCCUGUUGAAUUCAUCGUUAUCCUUCCUUCAUGUCGCAUUGGAAUAACUUAAUCUAUCAUGGAUUUGAUUUUCUUUACAAAGUCACCGUUUAGGCUCGGUUUAGACAUCCUAUAGACACUUUAGAGUUCAAUCGAACCUACGUAGAAGCGCAACACCAAGAGGGGAACAUGGACAGAAAUGCCCCAGACGGACCGUUGCUGGAUGACUUGAGCAAACUCACGGACGAGGAGCUCUCAAGACUCGGAAAAGAUGAGCUCAUCAGGAAGCUACGGAGAACGGAUAACGAGAAAAUGAACUUAAUGGUGGAGCACGGGAACAUGAUGAAAGACGUGAACCGGAGACUACAGGUCCACCUUCACGAGAUCCGCAGCCUCAAGGAGAUCAACCAGAAGCUGCAGGACGACAACCACGAGCUCCGGGAGCUCUGCUGUUUCCUGGACGACGACAGGCAGAAGGGCAAGACGCUGUCUCGGGAGUGGCAACACUUCGGCCGCCACACCGCCGGAUCGAUGUGGAAGGAUGUCGGGGUGUACCAUCAGAAGCUGAAGGAUCUGGAAGCCAACCAGGGCUCUGUGAUGCGGGAGAACCUGGAACUGAAGGAGAUCAUUCUGAUGUUGGAGGAGGAGAGGAACGGAGCCGGGUCACGGAGCUCUAUAGACUCCCAGUCCAGCCUGACCAACCUGAACGGGGGCACCAGAACCAUUAGGGACGUCGGGGACGGGAGUAGUACCUCCAGCACCGGCAGUGCCGGUAGUCCUGACCACAACCACAUACACACGCCCGCCGAGGGGAAGAUAGCGUCCCUGCGGAGGUCUAUGGACGACCUGUCGCCGCUGUCAUACAUCCACAGGAGCAUCCCUAAUGAACUGCAUGGUAACUACAUCAGGCAAAUGGAGACCAAGGUCCUGGAGGAUGACAACAAGCAGCUUCUAUCACAGCAGUCUAAAAGUGGUGAUCUGAAGAAUCUGAGGAAGGGCUUCUACCACUCUGAGUCUCAGCUCUCACAGUACCAGCAAGACCCACUGCAGAAUGGCUCUGGUAGGUCCCCCAGUGGUGAGCCGUCUCCCCCAGCAGACUACCUCCCAGUGGGCCAGAAGCCAGAGGCUGUGGUCCAUGCCAUGAAGGUACUGGAGGUCCAUGAGAACCUGGAGAAGAAGAUCCCUGAAGACUACGACGAAGACCUCAGUGAGAAGGAGAAGGCCAUCGUCAGGGAGAUGUGUAAUGUGGUGUGGCGUAAACUAGGUGACGCUGCAGGAUCCAAGCCUUCCAUCCGCCAGCAUCUCUCUGGGAACCAGUUCAAAGGGCCCUUGUAGUCCUUAAGACCACAUUAACCAGCGCACAGCAGCACUCAGAUGAGACAAACGGACAGACAGACAAAUUAACAACAACAACCAUGGACCCGCAGCACUGAGUGCACAAACAAGGGGCACAUCUCAAAUGACACCCUCCUAUUUUCUCAGCACUGUGUGACCGUGGCUAGAUGAUCCCCACAAACUCGAGCCUGAACCCAAACCUCUGUGCUUAGCCUCCCCUAACAUUGUCCCCUGGUGAAUAUAGGAAUGUAGGCUACCCACUUCCCACCUGACCUGGGUAGUGGGUACAGUAAAUCUCAGUUUAGAUCGGAUAAAAUAGGCUGCGCCGAUGAAGGGUUAAAAACAGCGGUUGGCAAUCCUAUAGCCUCUGACCACGUUGGCUCUCAUUUUCUGUUUAUUUCAAGACAAUUCUACAUGUUGAAUGACACACCGUUCGUCAAUACCCAGCAGGUAAUCUAGUGCCCACGGCCAGCGUUGGUUAUGGUGUCUUGUCAUUAAAGAGAAGGAAGAGGAGGAUAAACUGCCCCUUACAAUCAGUCACUACACCUGAGCUACAGUACUUUACCUGACCCUCUGCCAUCUCCAACCAACGUCUGUUUUGGUGUUUGUAAAUGUUCACCUACCAAGUGUUCAAGACUGACAACCACUCCAGGACAAACCAUUCUACUAUUCUCAAGUCAAGGCCCUGAUAUGUUCUGUUCUUGGCUUUACUUCCAUUACUUUUCCAUUCAACAGCCAACUGACUGGCAACUCCUUACAACAUAGAUGAGGACAAAUACUGGAAAUCGCAUGAUGUCAUUUCCUUCAGUGUAGAAUCACAAGCCAUAGGUUUAUACAACGUGAAACCUAGCUGCUGUAGGAUGCUGUUUAAUAAUGUAGUCCUCUUUUAUCUGAGAGAACUAUGUGUACAAAUGUAGACGGAAAUCCUUUCAAAGUGUUAAACUAAAUUCUAGCACUAAAGUAGGUUAUGUUUAACGAAACGUAGUGCUAUUUUUUUACCUGUUGUUUUUAGUGUUCAUGUUUGUUUGUGCCUCAAAUGGCAUCCUAUUCUUUAUACCAACACUAUAUAGGGAAAAGGGUGACAUUUGGGAUGCACACUUUAUAACUAAGUACAGAAAGUGGCACACCGAGUGCAGUUUCAUAAAUGUACUCCCAAGGCUGAAAGCUUAUAGCCUGGGGGCCAGUCUGCUUAGCCACUCCUGAAAACUCCUGAUAGAACUGUCAUGACAAACAUGACUACAGUGACAGCAAUGGAGUUGGUAAAAGCACAAACAGUUCUGGGACCAGACUAGAAGGCUGUCAUACUAUUAACUGAAACAUGAACUCAAGGGAAGGUUACGGUUCAUGCCAGAAAGUCAGACUCUUGCUAGAUGGAAGUGGGACUUUUCACUUACAAAUCUGCAGAUCUUAUAUAUGACAAUCGUUGAAACGGUUUGAAAACAACUUAUUUUGACCAGUCCUAAGUAUUCUCUAUGAGCUCUUGCCCAUUCAACCUCUGAAUGGCACACAUACACAAUCCAUGUCUCAAUUGUCUCAAGGCUUAUCCUUCUUUAACC